GGGAGAGACAGUAGCCGAACGAAGUCGGUCGAGGGCGAGAGUCUCACGCCGAAAGAGUGGUCCUCGAGGUGGAUUGAGCAGUGUUGGGCCUUUAACGAGUAAAUAAUUAAUAAAUAGAUAAGGAUAAAGGAAGGAAAAAACACAAAGAAUGUCGCUAGCCAGUUCGAUGCUCGGGGGCUGCCAGUUGCCCAUCACCAGAAGAGGUCGGUUCCUCGAGGACGAUUUCUUCAGUGGCUUCCAGAACAACUACAGGAGAGCCGUCGACGAUGUCCUAGACCGCUGGGGCUCCCGCAAGACCCUGGCAGACCGCUUGGCGUCCUACAGGAGACUGAGGGAGAAGGACGCCUCCGACGACACUAAGGCAGCGACCAUCUCGGAAACAGACGAUGCGUAUAUGAUCGUCCUGGACAUGAGCGACUUCGCCAGCGGAGAGAUAACAGUCCAGACGUCGGGGUUCUUCGCGGUGGUCGACGGCAAGGCUCCCCCGCGCGUCUUCAGCAGGCGGUUCCCUCUGCCCAAGACGGUGGUGAUUGAUCGCGUCGUGGCGGAUCUCUCGGACGACAACAUCAUGAAGAUUACGGCACCGAAGAAGGGCGGCAAGAGCGUGGCCGUCAACCUGGAGGGCGAACAGACCUCGGCCUCGGCGCAGCAGCAGGCGGCAGCGCCCUCUGUGGAGGAGCAGAUCACCGCAACCCAAACGACGUCUUCCCUCAGCCAGGCCCCCGACGGGUCGCGCGUCAUCCCGCUGGAGGUGGAGGGGCAGGCCACGUCGACUUCCGCCGCCACGUCCAGCUCGAGCUCCAGAGUGGAAAGCGUGGCGCAGGCCGUGAAGAGCGAGGAGCUGUGCGCCGGGCGCCGCGGCUCCAACACGAGGAUCAUCCCGCUCAACAUCGAGGGCGACGAGGGGGACUCCUCCUUCUCGAGCUUCUCCUCCACCUCCUCGCAUAACCGCGUCCUCCCCAUCAAGCGCCGCGGGAGGUUCCUGCAGGACGCGACUUUCGAGAAGGUGUGGAAGGACUUCGAGACGGCGCUGGACGAGGUCAUGGCCCGGAGGGGGUCGAGGACGGGGUUGGAGGACGACAAGAUGCAGUCCUACAAGAAUCUCCGCCAGUGUGUGCAGCAGGAGGACAACCAGGCGGCCAACGUAUCCAAGGAUGAGGGAGAGGUUAAGAUCGUGUUGGACGUGAAGGACUUCGUGGACGGGCAUCUGGACGUGAAGGCCGAGGAUGGAGCGAUCGUGGUCAAGGGCAAGAAAGGUCCUUGUUCCUUCGAGCGUCGGUUCUCAAUCCCGACCUUGUCUCAGCCGGACAAGGUCGCGGCGGCGCUCUCCGAUGACGGCGUCCUGACGGUGACCGCCCCCGUGUAAAGGGGCCGGGGGCGAUAGCGUGCUGGAGGGAGUGUGUCCAGACAUAUCAGCUAUUUUUGGUUUCUUUUUUUCCUUCAUAAAACGUCCACGUGUGUAAAGGAUAAGACGGAAAUGAGCUUCAAGAUAAAAAAAGAUCAAGAGUAUUUUCUUGUGCAGUUAUCAACGGCAACAUUUAGUAGGUGUUGUUGAGACCAGGUUCCACUGGAUUUACUACUUAUUGUACUUGCUUUGUACAAAUGCGCAUGACUGUAAAUCAACUUUUAGUGGGAACUAGUAUGUGUCAAACGCACUUGAAGUUUUCAUACAAAAAAUGAGUUGAGUGAGUUGUGUGCAGUAAGGUAAUUAUGGAGAUCGUCAAGAUUCAGCGUAAAAGUCUAUGGUGAUUUUCAACGUGUUUGGUCAGCAGCAGCAGCAGCAGCGUCCAAGUGCGCGGGGGCUGCUAAAGCGACAUCAACAGCAAUCCAUAAGAAUAGGGGUUGUAGAGAAACCAGACUUCGGUCGAGGUCAAAUAGUGCAGCGACUGUCAGGUGAGGUCUAUAAGGUUGUUUGAAUCCUGCCUGAUGAGUCGUUUGCUAGUAACGACGAAUGCGGCCGCGGAGAGAGGGCGUGAGAAGGGGUAGCACCAACAGCAAUUCAUAAAUGCAGGGGACUAGCAGCAAAGCGAGUGAAUAAGGAGAAUAGUUAAAUGUAUAACUCUGAAUGAGGUGUUGAAUAACUUACAAGGAAGGGAAUAAAUAGGAGGAAAGCCUAUUAUAUAUACUAUAUGUACUGUGCAUGAAACUUGCAUUAGUAUGUAUGGACGAUAAAUGUAUGCAAAAUCCUUAGGAUAUAUAUGAAAAUUCUUAGUGAGAGAGAGAAAGAAAAAAAGAGGGGAGAGGGGAGGGGGAGGGAAAUUAUAACUUUGGAAGGUUUUCAAAUGACUUUGCAUUAUAUUCUUAUAUGUAUAAGAUAAUCGAGAUUUUGUCAUAUAUUUUUUGUAUAUUACAUGAAAAUAAAAAAAUAAAAUUCAUAAAAGAACAAAACAUUUAUACAUAAUUUUCAUCUUAUCUCUGCUCAGAAAUAAGAUGCAUCACAUUUUUUUCUUUCUUUAUACAAAUUUAUUCAUAAUGGCUAAUAAAAUCUCAUAUCAAA